AUGCAAAAAGAGGUUAUCUAUCUUUACGGGGGCGAGAACCAGCCAAAAGUGAAAUUGACGUGUAUCGCCAAAGCAAAAGAUUUGCAACAGCUGACGGCAUACUUCCAUGAAUUACAAAAUCUAUACCAUUUGAAGUUUCGUUGCGAGGAAACCAUUACCGAGAAUCUCAAAGUUGAGUGUAUCUCACAUGGUGCCAAGGAGAUGGACUCGUGGCCCUUUUACAUAAUCGACUACGACGAAGUCUAUGACUCCUUCUACAUUUGGAAAACAAACGGCAAAUGGGAACUAAACAAAAUGGUCAGUGCUAUUUACCGCGUACAUUCUGGUAGUAAGCAGGUGAAUAGUACUUGGAGGAAGUACUUCUUGAGAGACUCUCGGUACAAGAAACAUCCCAUGAAAAACUGGCUCACACUGGCUCUCAACCAAUUGAAUGUUGAUUGGUCGCACGUUAACCUGGAUGACUUUUGGAUUCAAUUCAACGUGUUGUUUGACCUGCAUCAGAAUGACGAGACCGUUUUCAAUGAGUUUUCCUUCAAGAGUUUCAUUUCAAUGAGUCUUUUGAGGGCAGCCAUUGCUGAAAACAAGAGGUACGUGGAGGAGAAGUUGAGUCAAUAUUACAAUUCAAUGAAGAAGAACGUUGGUACUGCUAACUACAACACAAUGCUUGAAAACGAACGAAAGAGCCAUUCUGGGGCAGAGGGCAACGACUCCACUGUAGGGAGUAACGAGACUUCUCCUGAAUUUUCUUUAUUCCCAGCGGAAUUCAGUGAUGGUGGAUCCGAUGAUCUCAAUGCUGAUGCGGUUGACCUGAACGUAGAAACCUCUGGUUUGUAUACUUACAAACGAGACAGGCAAGACGGGAAGAGAAAUUCGAUCUCCGUACCGGCUACAAACGACCAGAUCUUCGCCAACUUUAAAUCGCAUUUUCAAAACGUUGUGGAGGAUUACGAGGUGUUUGAACUCAGAAGUAAGAAAGGUGUACCGAUUCAAUCAAGGGCCAGGCGCAACUCGCACAAACGAGUGCUUCAAAAGAACUCAAAAAACAGUGUUUCCAAAGCUUAG